CACACGCGCGACAUUGCCUUAUAAAUGUGAUAUUUGUAAUAAAAGUCUUCUAGGAAAUAAGUAAGAUAUAUUGGUCAUUCUCGCGACGCACCUCCUUCCCGUAAAUUGAGAAGGCUGCACUGUAUGUACAAAUAUAAUUUUCUGUUACCAGUUUUCUAUCUCGGGCGGCCUCUAUCUCUAGAGCUUCUCGCUCUCGGAGCUAUAGUAAAUCUAUUUCUAUGCGAGACACGUUCAGUUUUACUUUUCAAGCACUCACAGAUAUCGUUAUGCUUACGUACAUGUAUCAGUUACAAAAUAAGUGUAUCAACGCUUAUUUAAAAUAAUUUUCAGUAUUUUUCCGUUUAGUUAUCAUUGUAGUAGUAUUUUUGCAACAAAAAAAUGGAUCGCCUCAAAACCAUAUUAACAGUGAUGUUGAUAGUUGGCGAUCUCGAUGCACUCACAGUUUCUUUGAAUGGACAGUGGAGAGGAAACAUAUUGUCAUCAGAUACUUUUUUCGAGGCAAGUGUACCAGGAGGGGUUUUUACCGAUCUCGAAAAAGCCGGAUUGAUUGGGAGAAAUUUAGAGGGAUUCAAUGACGUUCGAAACCGAUGGGUAGCAAACGAAUCCAUUGCUUACAUCACCCAAGUGAACGUCGACGAAAAUUUAUUGAGGGCGCCUCAUGUUGUUUUAACAUUCCACGGAUUGGACACGUUUGCCGAGAUUUAUGUGAACGGCAUCGGGAUAGCGGCAACGUCCAACAUGUUUCUAAAAUACAGUUUCGAUGUAAAAAACAAUUUGAAACCUGGUAAAAACGAGUUAAAAGUCGUUUUCGGAUCAGCAGUUAAGGCUGCAGAAGAUUUGUACAAUGAGCACAGCAAAAAGUACAUUGUUCCACCUAAGUGCGUUCCCAAAGAAUAUAACGGCGAAUGCCACGUUAACUUUAUAAGAAAAAUGCAUGCUAGCUUUGGAUGGGAUUGGGGUGCAGCUUUUCCAUCAAUGGGUAUCUGGAGAGACGUAGAACUACAACCUGCGCAAAUUGCAUUGGUAACAGAAAUCACGACGGACAUUUACGAACGAGAUAAUUUUUGGCAAGUUGUCGUGAUAGUAUUUUUCAAAACUUUUGGAGAACAAAAUACUAUUAUUGAUAAGGAAACGAACGUUGAGUGUUCAUUGGAAAACCUGUACACCAACAAAAGCGCGCUUUCCAAGUUAAUCGUUUCGAAUAAUGAAGCUAAUACAUCUUUAGUAUUGAAUAUACCUUUGAACAAAGUUAAACGAUGGUGGCCCAACGGAUACGGCGAGCCGCAAUUGUAUUCGUUGAGUGUAAAAGUUAAAACGGAUUCCGAUGUCGCGGAGAAAGAGCUGAAAAUUGGAUUUAGAACUGUCAAGCUCGUCCAAGAGCGGCUAGAGGAAGGAUUGAGUUUUUAUUUCACGAUAAACGGCAUCCCCGUGUUCGCCAAGGGAUCGAAUUGGAUCCCGUCGAGCGCAGUACCGGAAAAUUUGUCAAACGAGCACACCCUGCGCCACUUGCUCAAGUCCAGCAGGGACGCUCACAUGAACAUGAUGCGAGUUUGGGGCGGUGGCGUUUACGAGUCGGACCUGUUUUACAGCAUAGCCGACGAGUACGGGAUCAUGGUCUGGCAAGAUUUCAUGUUCGCCUGCAACAUGUACCCGACCACGCGAUCCUUCCUCGCCAAUGUCAAAGACGAGAUUGUCCAAAACAUGAGGAGACUUAAGCACCACCCCAGCAUUGUCCUGUGGGCGGGCAACAACGAGAAUGAAGCUGCUCUCUACGGCAACUGGUACGGCACUGGAUCCAAAGAGAUUUACAAGCGAGAUUACGUCAAGCUUUACGCCGAUGUGAUUAAGCACGAGGCUGAGAUAAUGGACGGGACGAGGCCGUUUGUGGUUUCGAGUCCGAGCAACGGGAUUUACAGCGAAGAGAACAAUUACACCGAAUCGAAUCCUUACUCGAACUAUUAUGGCGACGUUCACUAUUACAACUACUUGAGGGACCCUUGGGACAUCAAUCAGUAUCCAGUGACGAGGUUCGCGUCCGAGUACGGGUUCCAAGCUCUGCCGUCGAUUUGGACCCUGAUGUCGGCAAUCGAGCACCCAAACGAUUUGCAAUGUGAAAGCUCGUUCAUGGAACAUCGCCAGCACCUGCCGAGUGGCACCAACUUUAUGAAACUGUUGAUAUCCAAAAAUCUCGAUAUUCCGGGGAGUAACAACUCCCUGGUGCGUUUAAUGGAUUACGUAUACCUCAGUCAAGUCACUCAGGCGGUGGCCGUGAGAAUCGAGACGGAACUGUAUCGUCAGAUGAGAAGUUCGUUCAAUACAAAAAACGAGGGCAUGACGAUGGGUGCGCUUUACUGGCAGCUCAACGAUGUUUGGCAAGCGCCUUCUUGGUCAUCCAUUGAUUUCGAUGGUCGUUGGAAAAUGCUGCACUAUUACGCCAAAGAUUUUUUCGCUCCCGUGAUUAUAACUCCGCAGCUGUCCGCAGCCAGGGAACUUGUGGUUUUUGGAAUUUCAGAUUUACCGGAUGCGUUGGAAAAUCUAACGGCAGAAAUCCUCCUCUACGAAUGGAGCACUUCGAAAGCAGUGUACACCCACAAUCUUACGAAUCUCUCAAUUAGUCCCAGAGAAUCGAAAGUAUUGGGGCGACUGUGGCUUGACAAAUUUUUGGAAGAAGCUGGCUGUGGGAGUCUGGCAAAGGCGAGGGAACAUUGUCUUGUAGAAUUCCGAUUGAAAGAUGCCAGCGGCCGGCGAAUAGCGCCACUCAAUUACGUUUACCCGCAUGCCUUGAAAGAAGUUGCCUUGCCAAGAAAUGACGUUAAGGUAAAAAUCGAACCGCGAGUCCUUGCUAACGCAUCAUUGAGCGAAAGAGAUUUUGAGGUAGAGGUGAUGUCCAAUAAUCUGGCGCUGUUUGUUUGGCUGGAACUUGGAAACAUACCCGGUCAAUUUUCCGAAAACGGUUUUCACGUGUUGAACCACAAGAAAACAAUCCAUUUUCAUUCUUCCCAACCUGUAGCUGCCCAAGAGGUGACCAAGAAUCUUGUCGUCACGUCCCUUUCGCGAAUCAGUGAUACGAAUCGUCGAGUCUCGGACGUACAAGUCGUCCUUUCCGAACUUGAUAAACUUAAAUCCAUCAAAUGCAUACACAGUCGAAAAAUAAAGUAAUCCUAUGGUAACUUUGUUGUAAAAACAAUUUUCAAUAGCAAUUGAAAUUUUUCCCCCGUAUUGUUAAAUUUUUGAAAAUGUCAAUUGCAAUCAUCGAAUGGCGCAAAAAUCGAUGACGGAAGAUAUGCGUUAAGUAUUUCCGAUGAAAUCGCUAAUGCAUACAUUUCGCAUAACCAGGGUAUAAGUUGUUUGUUCUUGCCAUCACAGAUUUUGUGCUGUACGUUAAGAAGGAAAAUACAUUUCAUAGUGCAAGUACACUUCGAAAGCAAUCAUGAUGAAAAGGAUUAUUGCUAGGAUGCUAAUUAUGACACCCAACAUUUUGUUAAAAAUCGAAAAAAAAUCGACACUUUGUAAUUUUUUCUUGAUUUAUUGUUGCGAUACAAAA